AGACAAUGGGUGCGCUGCAUGUUAGUGGAUUCUGUACUACCCAACCAAAACCAAAGAUACCCAGGUUCGGAUCUUCGGGCAACGGUUUCAAGGAUCCUUAACCCUGUCAGUCAUUUCAUUGUUUAGCGUCAAUGGGUGAUUAAGUAAAGCUUCGGUUUCGGAGAAGAAAUCUAGGAUAACUGACUCUUACACGAACAGAAACCAAGGACUGGCCCUUCUUCCAUCAUCCUUAUUGCAUUGUUGAUAGGUCUCAUGCAUGCACACUGUUUGUUGCUAAGGUAUUUGGCUGGGUAUUAUUAUUAUUAUUUUUUUCUUUUGCGGUUCAAAGAGUGGCCCUUGGGUUUGGUAUGCUUUGACCCUUUGGAUUCUCAAUCAAGGGGGGAGGGGAUUUCUCUUGUCGUCAACUUUCAUAUAUAGUCAGUCAACUUACUCUUUACUUCUCGGACGUUCUACUUUAACGAAUUCAUCGCUCAUAUUAUCCUCUUUUAAUCCAACCCCUCAACCAUCUUGUGAUCCAUCACAAUUCUCCAAAGAAUGGCACCAGAAGUGGCCUCCGCGCCCAUUUCAACUCCAAGAUCACGGCCUCGAGCUGCAACGGCGAUGCAACCAGCCACUACACCGCCAGCCAUAUCUUCUCGACGUCCGUCGCAAGUAAUGAGUCCGCCCGCUCUCCCACUUGCGCCGGUUGCAUAUACAGGGAGUUCUGGACCUGGAGGCAAUGAUCAGGGCAGUGUGAGAUCGGCCUCCGGUCCAUUGAGACACCCAAAGCCUCUUACGCCGUCAGACAUCCACUCAAUGCUUGAACAAGAACAAGAGGCGAUGGUUAACCGUCUGUCAAGAGAGCUGUCUCUCCUCCGACAACAAACAGCUUCUGUGGCAUCGACAACUUCCUCUACAUCUACCACCUUCAAUGACCAGUCAGAUGCCCUGCAAGCCUCCUCUUACUUAUCUUCCUCAACGCAUCCUACAGCAUCACGGCGUCACCGUUCCUCGUCAAGCCUGAGCUCCUCAUACAUCCCAGCCGUCCAGGGCUCAAGAAUAGGAAGCGGUGCUGGGAUCAUUCCAUCGCGAGAUGUUCCUUUAUCGUCUUCCCGUCCGGGUCGGAGUCGAGAGCCGUCCUUCACCUCUCCGCGACAGUCAGAAGGAACACUACCACUAUCUCCUGCAUCAGCACAGCAGUCACAAAGUGAUCCAUUCUCGAACUAUGUCUCCGGAUCGCAUCCGUACCCCCACCGUAAUUCGCUCUCUCAACAACGGUCACGAACUACUUCUAUAUCCCGCCCGGAUGAGAUCACACGACAACGUGGGGAAUUGGAGAUACUAAAACGGGAAAACGAAGGGCUCCGGCGCCGUGUUCGAGAUCUUGAACUCGUUCUUCGAAAACAUCGUGAACGGGAUCCGAUUGUGACAGAUCAAGUAGCAUCCGGAACCAUUGCCGCUAUUACAGAUGAAUUGAACAAAGCAUCUGUAACAAAAGUGGAUGAUACCAAUUGAGGCAGCAAAGAGACCGUAUUAUUAUUGAGUGAUUAUCUGUUUAGUUAGGCAGGAAGAGUCCUAGAUGGAUUCAGGAAUAGGUAAUGGUUGUCGAUAAGUGCUAAGAAAUUGUCUACUCGUUUUCGCUCGCAUUCUUACCCUUUCUUUCACCUCAAUUGGCCUUUAGCCGCCGAUCCGUGAUUCAAAAAUAGCCAUCCUAGCGUUUCUUACGGAAAAUACUUCUGCCUUCUAGCACCAGCCAUCCACAUCAUAAUUACUUGCCGUCACAUGUUGAUGACGACUCCCCACUGUGGCUGUGCAACGUGCCCCUCUCCCACACGUCAUCUGUGGCUCGACUGCACCGCUGAAAUAAAUACUCCUGAAUUGUUCUUCCCAGCGCA